AUGGUGACAAUUGGUAAAUUUGAUGGCGUCCACCCAUGCCUCACAGCAGCGACACAAGCUGGGAAGGUUUUCAUACACAACCCCCAUGCUCGUGGCCAAAGAUCUGCAGGGCACACAGACUCUGAUGUGUCGCUUCUUAACAUCAACCAGGCGGUUACUUGUUUAACUGCUGGAAAAUUGGGCCCUAAUACGACUGGGGACACACUGCUAGUCGGCUCUCAAACCAAUCUACUGGCGUAUGAUGUUCAUGACAAUGCAGAUGUUUUCUACAGAGAAGUGACAGAUGGAGCCAAUGCCAUUGUCCUGGGCACACUUGGAGACAUCCCCACACCGCUUGCAAUUAUUGGAGGAAACUGUGCUCUGCAAGGAUUUGACUAUGAAGGGAAUGACCACUUCUGGACAGUCACUGGGGAUAAUGUUCGAUCUCUUGUUCUCUGUGACUUUACUGGUAAUGGAAAAAAUGAGCUCUUAGUAGGAUCUGAAGACUUUGAUAUAAGAGUUUUCAAAGAGGAUGAACUUGUGGCUGAGAUGACUGAAAAUGAAACAGUGACAUCCCUCUGCCAUAUGCAUGACAGUCGAUUUGGCUAUGCACUAGCGAAUGGUACUGUGGGUGUUUAUGAUCGCAAUUCUCGAUACUGGAGGAUAAAGUCCAAGAAUCAUGCUAUGAGUAUUCAUGCCUUUGAUCUAAAUGCCGAUGGAGUAGUUGAGCUCAUAACUGGAUGGUCAAAUGGAAAGAUUGACGCACGUAGCGAUCGCACUGGAGAGGUCAUUUUUAAAGACAACUUCUCGUCCUCUGUGGCUGGGGUUGUGGAGGGAGAUUACAGGCUGGACGGACAGAAACAGCUCAUCUGUGCCUCAGUAGAAGGAGAAGUUCGUGGUUACCUGCCUGCAAGUAAAGACCAAAAAACAAAUCUUAUGGACUCUAAUGCUGAGCAAGAUCUCAUUAGGGAGCUCAGCCAGCGCAGACAGAAUCUCUUGCUUGAACUUAGAAACUAUGAAGAAAAUGCCAAGGGCGUGUCAGAGGCAAAAAGUGAUGUAGGUGUGAUUCCAGCCAACACUCAGCUUCAGACUGCUCUGUCGGUGCGACCAGCCACAGAGGAACAGAGGGCCCAUGUAGAGCUCAACAUUUCCACUCCAAAUGAAACUAUUAUUCGUGCAGUGCUCAUUUUCGCAGAGGGGAUCUUUGAGGGAGAGAGUCAUGUGGUCCACCCCAGUGCUCAAAACCUGUCAGGCUGUGUGAGAGUUCCAAUCAUCCCUCCAAAGGAUAUACCUGUGGAUCUUCACAUCAAAGCCUUUGUUGGAGGAAAAUCAAGUACUCAAUUUCACGUGUUUGAAAUCACUCGCCAGCUUCCUCGGUUCUCCAUGUAUGACCUGACGGAUGAUCCCUCGGCUGCCUCGCCCUCUGGAUGGGUGACCUUUACUAUAAAUGACAGGCCACAAAGGGUUGUCAUGUGGCUGAACCAGAACUUCCUUCUUCCUGAGGGUGUCGACAGUCCAGAUGUAACUUUUCAUUCUCUGAGAACUGAUGGAGUUUUGUCCAUCACUAACGGCAGCAAUGGGCAGAUUACUUUCAAAACUGACGACGUUGACCUGGCAGGAGAUCUUGUCCAGUCACUGGCGUCCUUCCUGGGAAUAGAUGAUUUAUCAGUAGAAGCAGAUUUUCCUGCGUACUUUGAGGAGCUACGCAUCACACUCACAGAGGUGGACGAAUUCCACAUGGUUCAUCAAAAGUUAACUGCAGAAAUGGCUGACCAUUCCAAUUACAUCAGGACUAUGUUGGUACAAGCUGAAGAUUCUCGUCUCAUGGGAGACCUGUCGUCCAUGAAGAAGCGCUACAGGGAGUUGUAUGAUUUAAACAGAGAUCUCAUAAACGAGUAUAAGAUCCGCUCCAACAAUCACAAUGCUCUUUUAUCUUGUCUUAAAUCUGUGAAUCAAGCAAUCCAACGCGCCGGACGACUGCGUGUGGGAAAACCGAAAAACCAAGUGGUAUCUGCCUGCAGAGAUGCUAUCAAGAGCAACAAUGUCAAUGUUCUGUUUCGGGUCAUGAAGGCAGGAACUGCGUCCUCCUGA